AUGGCAACCGUGGCACCACUGGCGGACGACUCCAAGCACGACAGGCUCGACGAGCUCGAGACUUCGCCCGAGCUCCACCACGCACACAAUGGACACGACGGCGGGGAAGGGCAGAAGCCUGCUGUGGCCAUGGAGGAGGCGGCCGGCAUGCAGGCCCCCGAGUUCCUGAGGCACAUGUCGAUGGAGGAUAGGCUGGAGAUGGAGAAGAGACUCAGAUGGAAGAUAGACCUGAGGCUGAUGCCCGCUGUUAUCAUCAUGUACAUCAUGAAUUACAUUGACCGGAACAACAUCGCUGCUACCCGUCUGGCCGAUAUCGAGAAGGAUAUCCCUCUGGCGUCUUCCGAGUUCCAGGCAAGUCAACCGUCAUUCGACAUGAAACCAAGACCAGAGUUGCUGACAGGCAAGUGCUUGAUACGUGAUAUAGACGGCUGUUAUUACGUCUUGAUGCAAAUCCCGUCCAACUUGUUUCUCAACAAGACUGGAAAGCCAGCUAUCUACUUGCCGACAUGCAUGAUCGUUUGGGGCGCGAUUUCUGCUGCGACCGCCGGCUGCAAGACCGUCGGUGGUCUCUACGCCAUUCGGUUCUUCCUUGGUUUCAUCGAGGCUGCGUAUUUUCCCGGCUGUCUCUACUACUUGUCCUGCUGGUACACCCGCAAGGAGCUCGGCCUGCGCACGGCCAUCCUGUACUCCGGGUCGCUGCUCUCGGGCGCCUUCUCGGGCCUCAUCGCCGCGGGCAUCACCAGCGGCAUGAACGGUUCGGGCGGACUGCGGGCGUGGAAGUGGCUCUUCAUCAUCGAGGGCGCCGUCACCAUCGCCAUCGCCGUCAUCUGCUACUUCGUCCUGCCCAACUUCCCGCGCACGACGUCGUGGCUGACCGAGGAGGAGCGCCUGCUGGCGGCGUGGCGCCUGGCCGAGGACAUCGGCGAGGACGACUGGGUCGACAGCAAGCACCAGACCUUUUGGCAGGGCGCCAAGAUGGCCUUCUCCGACGUCAAGACGUACGUGCUGCUGGUGCUGCUCUUUGGCUGCGUGGCCAGCGGCAGCGUGACCAACUUCUUCCCUACUGUCGUCGCCACGCUCAACUACGGCAACGUCGAGACGCUGCUGCUGACGUCGCCGCCGUACGUCCUGGCCGUCAUCACCAGCUACGCCAACGCCUACCACGCCGACCGCACGGGGGAGCGCUACUUCCACAUCGUGCUGCCGCUCUGCGUCUCGGUGGUCGCCUUCAUCCUGGCCGCGUGCACGACGGCCACGGCGCCGCGCUACGUGGCCAUGAUGCUCAUGGUCCCCGGCGUGUACACGGGCUACGUCGUGGCGCUGGCGUGGAUCAGCAACACGCUGCCGCGGCCGCCGGCCAAGCGCGCGGCGGCGCUGGCCUUCAUCAACGCCGUGUCCAACUGCAGCAGCAUCUACGCGAGCUACAUGUACCCCAACUCGGCCAAGCCGCGCUUCGCCGUGGCGUUCGCGGUCAACUGCGUCACGAGCGUGAUCGCCAUCGCCGCGGCGACGGUGCUGCGCUUCAUGCUCGUGCGGCUCAACCGCAAGCUCGAGCAGGGCAUCUUUGUCGAGGGCGCGAUCAACGCGGCGCCGGGCCAGGCGGCGCAGCACGGGUUCCGGUUCAAGGUGUGA